AUGAAUAAAGAUGACAGGGGAAGGCUGAAGGGUUUUUAUUCGUACAAGAAUACAUUUGAUGAGAAUAGUGUGUGGUUGGAGAUACCGAAGCAAGUGACUUUUAUUGACGUUACCGAUCCUUAUGCCGAUGAAUUGGAGGCUUCUCUUGCGGGGCCCGAGAGCGCACCUACAAAUCGACCAUCGAAUCUUUGGGGUAACAAUGGACUGCAGCAUCUUCGCUCAGCAGAUACUCAGACUCAUGGUCUUGAGGCCCUUUCCGCGGCCGCCACGGGAGACACAUACACUUUGCAACAACCGCCAGCGACUACGGGACAAAUAUCCGUCAGCUCCACUGUACAUAACAAUAUUCCCUUCGCUCAGACGGAGGCUCACCAUACGCUGGGAUCCAUGCCAUCUCCGAAUCAAAUACGGUCAUCCAUGACAGAUCCUGCUUCCCCUUCAAUAUCAAUCGCAUCGAAUAAUAACAUAAAUUUCCUUCUUAAUCCGUCUACAUCAAUUUCUCCACCAAUCGAUCCAAGCCUUCACGCACCCAGCGAUCGCAGAGAGUCCCCUUUUCACCAGAGGGUCAUUGGUUCCCAGACAAGGCCCGUCGAAACUGACCAUGAGAUUGCAUUCUUACUCCGGCAUUUCUCAGAAUCUCCCGGACAGUGGAUGGACCUUUUCGAUCUAGGCUCUUAUUUUGCAUCGCACGUACCCAUUAAGGCCGUUUCGAAUCCUCUUCUGAAGUACGCCGCCUGCGCCUAUGCCGCAAAACAACUUGGUAGAGUCAAGGGAGCCAAGGGCAACGUUGGUGGUGUCUGCAGCAGACAAGCAAGCAUGGAAAUAUGGCCAGAUGCAGACAGGGUUGACUGGUAUUUCCAUGGAGCUAAAUAUUACGAAAAAGCUAUCCAACUACUCAUGGAAGCGUUACAACAUGACGGGCAAGGUCUUCCGAUUAGCACUGCGGAAGGCUUAGGACAGUGGCAAGCAGCGGAACUGUGCAGUGCAGAUGAACAGAGUCAUCCUUAUAAGCGACGGCGGAGGUUUUCAAACAGCCGAAUGUCGAGCGCGAAUUCUGAUGAAGUUCUAGCUGCUACAGCUAUCUUGUCCGUGUACGAAUUUUUGGACGCAACAGGGCCGGCAUGGGAUCGGCAUUUGAGUGGAGUAAAAUCACUAUUAGAUAUUGCAGAAGUUGGGAUGAUGCCACUUGAACAAUGUGUAUCCCCUGGAGAAACGCCUCGACCUCCCUUACGGAAAGCCAGCUUUUCCAAGGCUAGGAGGGCAACGUUUUGGAAUUUUGCCAGGCAAGACUAUCUAUCAGCUUUUAUUAACAAGUGUAAAUGCCGAUUGGACACAGAUGAUCUGACUUUAUGGACAGAGGCAGGGCUCCUGUUAAAUGACAUGGGAUAUGUUCAACCGAGUAAUACAUCCGUUUGCUACCAGGAGGGAGAGGAUGUCAUGAUGGAAGACAUGAUCUCAAAUGCCCUAGUCUGGUUGUCUUCAAAAAUUGUUAAUUAUCUAGCAACCGACGAUAGCAAUGCGCGGCGAACAGAGACUGCUUUAAUGGCCCGGUGGCAACAGCUACGAACUGAGGUCGAUGUAUGGUAUCGAGGAUUGUCAGAUGCAUUCAAACCGUGUGCGCGGGUUUACCACCCGCCCUCAUCGUUGAAAGCGAACGAAGAACCGUACCCCUUCCAAGAAAUUUGGUAUAGCAUUCCCAUGUGUGCGUCAGCAAUGCAGCAUUACCACAUGGCUCGAAUCCUGCUACUUGUGAACAAACCACCUGAACCAACCGCCUUCAGAGGUACAGUAGCCGGCCAAGAAAAUCCCCAUCGGUCGGUGGAAGCCGAGAUCCGCUUCCAUUGUCUUGAGAUAUGUGGGAUAUCUUUGUCUAGGCCAGACGCUUCUGCACGGAUAAACUCUGUCCAGCCGCUAUUCCUCAGCGGUAUACACCUUACUGACGAUCGAGAAAGGAUGACUGUUUUACGAUUACUUCGAGAAAUCGAAAGUGACCUUGGCUGGGCGACUGAAUACCGUGCGGAACAGCUGCUGAAGCAAUGGGGGUGGAAUCACAACGGUGCUACAUGACGGCCCUCAGUAUUGAAAAGAAAUAUAAAUAUCUACAAUGUCCAGCGCUUUGAACACAUACAAAUGAAAAAUUCGAACAUGGGUUUGCGGCUGACAACUGGCGCUUGGUUAUUCCAUACGGAGCAAACUACAGCAUGCCAUAUUGAAGCUUAGCCGGCGACACUUGACUAUCAGAACCCAUCGACAAAAUCUUCCAAUUUUC